AUGCAGUCUAAACAGCUUUCAAGACAGUACCAGCAGCAAGCACAACAAGCACAGCAACAACAGCAACAACGGCAGUUAACUAAUCAGUUACGUUUACAAAGUCCUAAGUUGCUUAAAGUUCAAGAAGUUAAACAUGAAAAUCUUGUAAUAAUAAAAAUAAUAAAACUUGAAAUAGAUAUCACAAUAUUAAAAGAAAGAUUUGAACAGUUGUCUAUUGAGAAGAGAACCAUUGAAGAAAAUGCAACUAGACUGCAAAGCGAAGCUCAGAAAACAAUAGUUUUUAUUACAACAGACGUCCAGCUUGUGAAGGAAUCCUUUCAGCAAACUAUUAUCGCUCAACGCACUCUGAAGGAACGUAUUGAUGUCUUUCAAAUAAGCGUGUCCUCUCUGUCGGACUCCAUAAUAAAGUUAACUUCAGAAAGGGAUGCCGAAGCAGGAGAAUGCAAGACGUUAAGAGGACGAAUCGCCAACUUGAAAAUAGAAUUAGAAAAGCAAUCGGGCAUUAUAGAGAACUCGAAUCAUAAGCUUCAUUCAUAUGCAAAUUCCUUUAAGAAUGCCCUCCAGUUUACUCGGAUAUUGAAAGUGCAAAUAGAUAAUCUUCGCAAAGACCAUCUCUGCUUGGUGCAGGAAUUUUACCACGCCAUCAGGGGCUUGGAAGGUUGGUGCAAACGUUUCAUGGAGAAGAAUAAGAAUAAAUGGAAAGAAAACUUUAACUUGUACGAGAUACCGAUCUCUUUUUUGGGUCUAAUAUCUUGCUUAUUUACAAUAAUACCUUUAGAUUUAAACUGA